UAGGUGGCGCUAGGGGAACUUUUACAACUAUCAUGGCGAUGCCCAGUGAAAACGUGCGCGCUGCCCAAAUACACGAAGAAUCUUCGCCGAAAGAUGACCAACAGAAUAAUAAUAAGAGGGAGGAUGAAGGCUUCAAAUACUAUCCUGAACGAAGGGGAGGCAAAAUGGAUCCCGGGUGGCUUCCAAAGGCUUUUUUCGGUGAAGGCAGAGACAGUAUUGAUAACGUGCGGUGCGAAAAGAACGUAUACAACUGCGUGAAAAAAAGCCCGCUGGUAAAGUUGAUGCUCAGUGCUCUCAGGAGUGCAGGAUGUGAAGUGGACAUCCGAAGAAACAUUGCCUGCGAGUCGUGCGAGAAAAUCGUCACAGGUGGCUAUGACGCAGAGCUCAACCAGGUAGUCAUCUGCCAAAAUAAUGCCCGCAGUGAAGGUGUGGUCCAAGGCACCUUAGCACAUGAACUUCUACACAUGUUUGACCAAUGCAGGGCAAAGAUGGACCUCAAGAACAUGGACCACUUAGCAUGCACUGAAAUACGUGCUGCCAACUUACUCCAUUGCUCUUUCUUGAGUGCAGUUGCUCAAGGUACUGCAUCCCCUUUCAAUAUUGCAAAAAGACACAGUGAAUGUGUGAAGAUGAAAGCUGCGAUGUCUGUCAUGGCUGUGAAGGAUGUUUCACAAGAAGUUGCUAGGGCUGCUGUGGAUCGCGUGUUUGACAAGUGCUAUAAUGACUUAGAACCCCUGGGAAGGCGACUGCGCAGGAAUUCUGCAGACAUGGAGAAAGCCUACAGAGAACGCUAUCAUUAUGGUUAUACGGAUUGACAUGGACUCAUUGUUUAGGAAACAAAUUUUAAUGUUUUUGAUGAUGAAGGUACUUUGUAAAGAUAGGAAGAUACAUGGACUCCGAAUAGUCUUGGCCCAUUCUAUGGAUCUCGGUGACAUGUGAAUACUUUAUUGAAUAAACAAAUUAUUAUA